GCUGGAAAGAUCUGUUUGGGUGGCCAAAGGUCAUAGCAAAUACCUACACUUAUUACAAUAGACUCAACCAUAACAAUACUACAACUACUAGCCGAAUUUUCGGGAAUUUCAAUAGUAUUCGAAACAGAUAUAGGAACACACCAUGCCGCCUUGUCAGUUGCGCCAUACGGGAAUGGGCUAUAAGCCGCGCAAGAGCAAGGAUAGGGAUGGCGUGGCCCCCCAUCCAGUUCAUCCUCGAUCCUCCCGGUUCCAUGGAUUCUUGGGCAUGCCCUUCGUCCAGCAGCAUAUGAUGGUCGAUGAGCGAUGGACUCCCAUCUCGCUGACAGAGCAGUUCAAGAGUAUGACGGACUUGUUGAGCCGUCGCUUGAUUUUUAAAAAUCAUGAGUCAAAGGCCAAUCGUCAGAGUAACCAACGCCAAAAGAAGAGUCUUACGAUUCAAUGUCGGGAUGGACGCGUUAAACUGCAAAAUGUCCUUGUGGGCGAUAACGCCCAAAAGAUUCGAAAUUACUUAAUAAACCACAGGGACAUGCAACGUUUGUACCAGAAGAUGCCCAUCCAUCUUGUGGUGGACAACAUUAAUCAGAGGACCUUUGUUAUGCGCAAAGAAAAGGAUCGUUUAGAGUAUCGAUUGUGCCAACUCAAGAAGCAUUACAAGGAACAAUUGUUGGAAGAAGCCAUGCUGCAAAAUCGUAUUAAGUAUGAACAUGAAAUUCUCUUAGAUGAAGAAGUCAAGUCCCGAAUGUUUCUCAAAAAGAUUGAGAACUCGAAUGUACGUCUAAAGGCUAUCAAGACCAUUAAUAACACAUAUAAAAAGAUGAUUCAAGUCCUACUCCAUGAUGAGAUAUUUUAUGAACCCAUCCUGAUUUCCCUGAUCGAGGACUUGAAAGAUCAGCAAAAAUUCAUGGAACACAUAUUAUUUUUAGGAAUUCCGGCAAUAGCCAAAUUCAAGGAGCUCAGUGAUGAGUUUCGCGAUAUGGAAAAAGUUUUCCGGAAUAAUCUGCAAACACAGAUGCUAACGUUGAGCGCUUAUAGGAGAUCUCGUGGCCCUUCGGUUAUGAACUUUAACAAGCCAAGGGAGGCACCACCUCUUAACGAUAUAAGGAGAUAUGUCCGGGAGACCCGGAGCAUGAUGAUCCUUAAACUGGAAUUGAAAGCCGUGGAGAAGAUUAUCAAGGAGGUGAAGUUUGUCACGCUGUGCUCCCAGGCCAAGGAAAUCUAUCCACGAAUGAAAAGCCAAGUGGAAAACAAUGAGAAACUGCAUCGUAAGAUUGUUAGUGCUAUGUUGGAACAUGAAAUGCUUAAUACAAAAGAGAAGUGCGCCAAUGUGCUGAAGGGAGUUCUGAUCAAUAACCUCUCAGAUGAGGAAAUCAAACGGAUGGAUACCAUUAAUGAUUUAAAGAACACAUUGCGUGUUGGUAGAGAAUUUAAAGAAGAUACUCUUAAGUAUCUUCAGAAUAGAGCUACUGCUUUCUUUAUGAUGAGGGUGAGUAUUUGGAAUCUCUUGGAAAUCUUGCGCCACGUCGAUCGCCAACCAACCAAACGACGCACCACAUAUCCGAAUUCCUAUUUGAGGUUGCCGCUGCUUAAGUUUGAAAUGUACAAUAUGAGGGCCGUUUCUCCAGAGAUUUUUGAUGAAGACAUUGAGAACAUAUUAAGCAGUGUCAAGCGUAAAAUCUACAAGCUAAUGAAACAAUAUCCGCAGGACGUUAGUCCUACGACUGCAGAGGCCAACGCUGAACGAUAUCAUGUCGAUUACUUGGCCAGUCUGGAUGAGCAAGAGGAAAUUGACGACGACGCAGGUGCUCAGGGUGCUCCGGAAGACGAUCUCCUGCAGGAGAGCAAGGCCAUGGCCACUGUGCCGAGUCGCAAACAGAUCAAGGCCCAGAGUGCCAAGUUGAUGGAGGAGAUUGCCAAGCAGAUUGAAUAACUUUCAAAUUCUUUUUAAAUAUAUACUUUUAUAUAUUAAA